AUGGGAGUCAUGGAUGAGAAUGCCACCAACAUCUCCACCAGCUUCCCUUCUGUGCUUGAUCCCCACGGAGCCCAGGCUGCUUCCUUCCCAUUUAACUUCAGCUACGGCGACUAUGAUAUGCCCUUGGAUGAAGACGAGGAUAUAACCAAUUCUCUGACGUUUUUUGCUGCCAAGAUUGUCAUUGGCAUGGCCCUGGUGGGCAUCAUGCUGGUCUGUGGCAUUGGCAACUUCAUCUUCAUUGCUGCCCUGGCCCGCUACAAGAAGCUUCGCAACCUCACCAACCUACUCAUUGCCAAUCUGGCCAUCUCUGAUUUCCUGGUGGCCAUUGUCUGCUGUCCCUUUGAGAUGGACUACUAUGUGGUGCGCCAGCUCUCCUGGGAACAUGGCCACAUCCUGUGCGCUUCUGUCAACUACCUGCGUACUGUCUCUCUUUACGUCUCCACCAAUGCUUUGCUGGCUAUCGCCAUCGACAGGUAUCUGGUCAUCGUCCACCCGCUGAGACCCCGGAUGAAGUACCAGACAGCCACGGGCUUGAUCGCCCUGGUGUGGGCCGUGUCCGUCCUCAUCGCCAUCCCCUCCGCCUACUUCACCACGGAAACGGUUCUCAUCGUCGUCAAGAGCCAGAAGAAGAUCUUCUGCGGCCAGAUCUGGCCGGUGGACCAGCAGAUCUACUACAAGUCCUACUUCCUCUUCAUCCUCGGCCUGGAGUUCGUGGGCCCGGUGGUCGUCAUGACGCUGUGCUACGCCAGGAUCUCGCGGGAACUCUGGUUCAAGGCCGUCCCCGGUUUCCAGACGGAGCAGAUCCGGAAGCGGCUGCGCUGCCGCCGGAAGACGGUGCUGGUGCUCAUGGGCAUCCUCACCGCCUACGUGCUGUGCUGGGCGCCCUUCUACGGCUUCACCGUGGUCCGCGACUUCUUCCCCGCCGUGUUCGUGAAGGAGAAGCACUACCUCACGGCCUUCUACGUCGUCGAGUGCAUCGCCAUGAGCAACAGCAUGAUCAACACCUUGUGCUUCGUGACGGUCAAGAACAACACCAUCAAGUACUUCAAGAGGAUCCUACUGCUCCACUGGAAGUCUUCUUCCAACGGCAGCAAGUCCAGCGCCGACCUUGACCUCAAAACCGUGGGGGUGCCCGCCACCGAAGAGGUGGACUGCAUCAGGCUCAAAUAA